CGUGACGUCACAACCUCGGCGUGCAAGUCACACUGAACUGAGAACAGCAGGAGUUGAGCUGCUGUUCAUACUAUAUUAAACAAUCACCAAUCCAGACAAAUCAUGGCGUUCGCGCUAAAAGAGCGUUUCGACAAGUUCCUCCGGGAGAAAAAUGUCAUGACGGACGUGCUCUCGAAGAUAGAGGCGAGAACUGGCGUGGACAGGUCCUAUAUCGCUUAUGCUGUCAUCGCGUUCCUUGCAGUCUAUCUGGUGAUCGGAUACGGCGCUUCUCUUCUUUGUAAUCUCAUUGGAUUCGUCUACCCUGCGUAUAUAUCAAUCAAAGCCAUCGAGAGCGCCACUAAAGAGGACGACACCAAAUGGCUGACCUACUGGGUGGUGUACGGUGUGUUCAGCGUCGCCGAGUUCUUCGCUGACAUCUUCCUCUCCUGGUUCCCCUUCUACUUCUUGGGAAAGUGUGUGUUCUUGGUCUGGUGCAUGGCUCCCACCCCCUCCAACGGCUCCGUUCUGCUCUACACAAAAAUCAUCCUCCCCUUCUUCUUAAAGCAUGAAGUCAAGAUUGACAGUGUGAUGAAAGACGUCAAGGAUAAAGCAUCAGAUGCUGCGGACAAGAUUAAAGAAGAAGCCAAGAAAGCCACUGCCAAUCUUAUUUUUGAGGAGAAAAAGAACUACUAAAAGCCACAGCCAUUUCAACUGCGUCUUAUCCCACAGGACGACACCUGCCUGAAUAAAUGUUGCCUUUAUAUGCUCUUAUUUUUAAUUUUUGAAAACUGGAAGUGGCUGAUUAUUGUCUAACUGUCUUUAUACUGUGGUAGCCAUAUUAGAUGACAUCAAUCCUGAGUUAAGAUGGUUAUGGUUAAGCAGGUAAGGCAUUUAUCAUGAAUCACGUUAGAGAAAUUGAGUGACGCUCCCCCCGCAAUGCUUCAGUCUCAGUAAACAUCCGCAUCUUUCCUGUAGACGUCCUUGGCUUCUAUAUAGGUCAUCAAAUGAUUUAUCUUGCUUCUUAUUUAACAUAUUCAUUCUAAGAUGUAUUUAUGCGUGACAAGGUUUUUUGUUUGUAGAAAAUGUCUAUUCUGAGGAUAUCAGUGGAACUGUAAACAUAUGUAUCAUGCAUUUGACAUCAAUUAAACCAUUGAAAUCCACAACUGAU